CUUCGAAGCUGAGGCAGCGACGAUGAGCUUCACUGAUGAGGCUCUGACAGAGAGGCUUCGACGAUGGGCUCCGACGAAGGGCUGCGGCGAUGGUGGCUCCGGCGAUGGGUUUCGUCGAUGAGCUCCGACGAUGGGUUUCGUCGAUGAGCUCCGACGAUGAGCUUAGGGGAUGGUGGCUGGGCGGUGUAGUGCAGUUGGAGCUGCUAUUAAGCCUUUGUGAACUGGUUAAUGCUCGAACUGUGGUUCAUCUGCCACUUGUGGUCAGCUCGUUGGAAGACUCAUUUGAAGUAUGUGUCAAAAGCGAGCCAAUUUUGUGCAAGUUGCUGCACUGUGUUUCAUUAGCUGGUUGGAAUCUGACAACACCUAGCAGAGCUUGUAAAAGGGGAACUGGAAGUUUGGCACCUGUGCCGUUUAAGCGGAAACCUGUGGCCAGUGUCUCGGAGCAGAUGACGAAUAGGGUUGCAGAUCUUGUCAGUGAAGUGAUCAACGUGCACCUGGCAAUGUGGCAGUCUCGCUCUGAAUUGGCAGAUGCAAUUGGAGCUCUGAUUUGGUUGGAUGGGGAUUCUGCAAAGGAUUUGAUGGAGCCCUUCAUUGCUCUGCUUCAUGAUCCAGAGUACCGUGUGCGGAGGAGGAUGGCCAGGCUUGUGGCCAUACCAUUCCGUGUGUGGAGCAACCACACUGAGCUGCUUGAUAUACUUCAGGAGAAUCUCGGGGUUAGAAUGGUGAGAGCCAUCCACGCAGAGGCAAUUUCUCAGGACGAGUCUGAGACUAUUGAAGAUGUCAACAUGCCCAUGGCUGAAACUGCGGUUGUUGCGCUUGGGGAGGUGGCAACAGCAAGUGCAAAAGUUGAAGAUCAGGUUGUGUUCAUGCUUUGUGCUCAUGCUGGGCUACGACCUCAGCAAAGCUCACUUGUUCAGGCAGUGCUUGACCGCUUGGCUAUUCGUUGCGGGUAUUCUCAUCGUUGCAAGUACAUGGCUCAUCAUGUCCAAGGAGUGCUUUGUUGCUGGGUUACGGUGGGCAUUCCGUUACGGAGCCUUUUUGAGGCACGUAAUUUAUUUGUGGAGAAUAUGACGAGGGAGCAAUUUUCUGCAUGGAGUGUGGGCUCACUUCUUCCCCCACUUCUUCUUUCGAACAAUGCUUCUGAACUUAACUGGCUGGCACAGGCUUCAGGGCUCCCUUUGCGUGAGCUUCUCAAUCAGGCAUUUGCAUACGUUUUCGCAGCACUCCUUCCCAUGCACUGCUCCGCAGUUGCCACAGAUCAAGAGAGAGCCAGACAAGUGUUACAGGGAACACUGCUCGAGGCAGCACAACUCACAGAGGCACAUAGGGAUGAAAUGAUCAGGAAGAGAAUGACUACGAUAAUCAGCACCAUGCUAAGGUUGACAAGCCCGGCACAAGAGCCAGCUCUGCCAUUUUUCGAGCGGGGAGUGAUUGCGAAGGCAAUCCAGACAGCAGUGGACGAUUUUCUAGAGGGGGAUUGUGAUCAAGCACGCAACGGACUUGUUGACCGUCUGGAGUUUCUGCGACCUGAUCGUGUCUUCAUGCUUCUACUACGGCUUCAUGAGGAUAUUGAAAAUGCAGUGAACCACUGUCACCGAUUGCAUCAUCUAGAGGCUCUUGGAGCCAUGGUGGAGCUCCUAGAUCAUCGUGUCACAGUGCCCAGUACAUGCAGGUAUAUUGUUCAUAUUCUUCUGCAGUCCGUUGGUGAACCUUUGCUUCAGAGACUAUGUUGCUCAUUGUUGGGAUCAGUCAUGUCGGUGUUUGAGAGAUCACCUACAGCAGAGAAUAGUGCACUCCUCGGAGAUCAGCUCCAGCCAAUUGUGUCCAAGCUGGUGUCCUGCUGCAUGGAGGAAGCUGCUGAUAUUGCUUUGGAUAGUCCAGAGAGUCAUAAUAUUGAAAGUCAGGGAGACACCUGUGGUAUGGAAUCACUGGGUGAUUUCAAGGCCCAAGCAACGACAUCUUCAUCUCCACCGAUUGAACUUAUAGAAAGGCUUACGGUCGAUGCAAGCCCAUCAUUGCAGGAGUACCUGAAGGUACUCAACAUGCCCUUGUCAACUGCCAUGACUUGCUGUGUGUCUCUUGUUUGAUGCUAUUCCACCCAAGCUUUGUUCUCUCAUGGUUCAGACAAUUUCUUAACUUUUGUGUGCUGCCUUUCUGAUUCUGUUUUGGUCAGUUCAUCAAUGCAGAGAGAUGUAUUAGGCUUUACUGUCACAGAGAAUACAUCCUCCAAAAUAAUGUUGCACGGCGUGCAACCAUCAG